AGAAAGGUUCAGUCGCGCUUGGUCUACGGCACAUGACAGGUCGAGAGCGUAGCAGUUCUCCGCUCUCCGCAUUCCUCCUACAGACUUUCUGCUCAUCUAGCGCGUGAGGUCGAUGCAGUUUUAUGCGAUCGGAGAGACAGAUGAUAAUAAAACAGUUUCACAGUCUAUAUAUGAUAUUUAAAUUAUGACAAGUACCAUGUGAUUAAAAGAUCACAAUUUUUGUUCAAUGUCGUUUUUGAACAAAUUAGCUAAAUUUUACGUUAAUUCAUCUGAAGAAAAAGUAUUUUUUGGACAUCUGUGAUUACACGAUGUCUUAAACCAACAUAUAAUAAACCCGCAGCACUUAGAAAUACCGACGUUUUAAAUUUAACUGCUAGGAAUUACCGAUUAGCGAUUAAAAAUAUAAAUAUAAAAGAAGUGUGUGUGUUCUUGUGGUCUUGUGUAAAGUGUGUGCACCGACUAUACGUCAUUCGUUUUCUGUCCAUGUCUGUUUUACAUCCAUUGAAGCAUGUGAUGGAUUCCUCUGUUCAGCGUCAAUCUACUGCAAAUCGCUCGUCAGAAGUGCCCCACGCCAAUAUCAAUUUGUUCCUGAAUGCCACCUGGAUAGAAUCUGUUCUUCCAAAAAGGUGGUGAGAUGUCGGAGGAGAUCGAGCGAGACGCAGGGUUCUGCUCGGGCGAAGACCUGGAAGAUCCCUUGGAGGCUGAAGACGAUCUUCACUCACCUACAGACGUCAGUGAAGACAGUGUAGAGGUCAAAGUGUUGCCCAUCAGUCUACGCAGUAUCAAGAAUAAACGCAAAUGUGCUGAGCCUCGGAAAGUUGCCAGCGAGGAUGACGAUGUUCUCCCACCGUACAAGAAAAGACGUCAUUUUAUCAACACCGAGGGCAGCAAGAAGGCAUCCCAGAUCCUCCAAGACGAUCAUCCGCCUCUACGCUCCUCUGUCUCUUCUCUCCCUGGAGCUAUAAAUCAGCAGUCAGUUCCUGCAAGUCCAUUCAGGCCUUGGAGUCAGCAAACGAUACCCCCACCAUCACCACCGCAGGAAGUGAGACGAUGUCCCUCGACAUCAGUGAGCACUCCAUCUCCACCGCCACCGUCCUGUACCCCAACUCAUCCACCACAGGUACCCUUACCGAGGCAUUGCCAUUCGGCAUCCGUCACAGCUUUACCAUUCCCUGCCUCAUCUGACGUCUCUCAACCUUAUAAUGACCGCGUACCCAUUCUGCAUUACCAGCAAGAUGAACCGUUGUCAUUGGUUUUAAAGAAUGAGUCCAAUGCUGACGACGAUAGAACUCCUCAAAGGAGAGACCGAAUCUUGCAUGGGCCCGAAGUCUUCGCUUCAGAGAGAUCAAUUCAUCCGUCAGUGACUUCGGCUCAUGCAAGUAAAUCGAGAUUCGAUGUACCUGGGAGAGUUGAGGACGUGAGAUUGUGUGGUGUGACAGGUGCUACAGUGAAGGGUCUAACUCCGGUGGAUAGAUAUGCGUUAUCGCAUCCUCGAAUGUUACCGGAGAGACAUGAUCUGAUUCCUCAGGUUCUGAACCGUCCCAUAGCAAGUGAAACCUUUGUCAGAUGCCCCUCAACUAAUGUCAACAGGACUCACAGGUAUGAGGCUGUUGAUUUCUCUGUUACCGAUCCCGCCGAUCCUCUCUCAGUUGGAAGAAGGACGUUGUCAGACUGUGAGGACAAGAACAUGUUGGAGGUGGAGGAUCUGAGUUCAGGUUUGAGGCAGCGGACGUGUAGUGGUGCGAAGUUCAGUGUGGAAUCUUUGCUUGGUCGUGCAAGAGGUUCCAAAGGGAACGAUGAAGAGAAACCAGGCCCUUCAAUAGCAUCAACGUCUUCUAACAACAACGAUCAACAGAAAAAUAAACAGACUAGUCAAAAUGGAGGACAACAAAGGAACUACAAAAAUAUGACUCGAGAAAGGCGUAUAGAGGCUAAUGCUCGUGAACGGACAAGAGUUCAUACCAUAAGUGCUGCGUUCGAUACACUGCGACGAGCGAUCCCUGCAUACUCUCAUAACCAGAAGCUGUCCAAGUUGUCCGUCCUCCGAAUUGCUUGCUCCUAUAUACUGACCCUGUCGCGAGUGGCUGGCGCAGAUUACAGUGCGGACAACAGUGAACCGUCCCUCGCGGACUGUGUAGAUCUUGUUUCUCGUACCAUCCAGACUGAAGGAAAACUUCGACGAAAGAAAGACGAAUGAGCUUAUCUCGGGGUGUUAUUUUAUUUACGGUCAUUGCAGCUUUAGCAGGAUAUGGAUAAUAAAUUUGUAUAAUUACUGACUGAUCUUGGUUGAUUAAUCUCUCCCAUUGAUAUAUUUUAAUACGUUUUCACCCCAUUUAACAUUAUGCACUGGUUCAAACAUUCAUAUUCCAUUUCACUCUCUGUCUGGAAUACCACAUUUAUUACUUUAGGGAUUUGUCUUGAUAAGACCAGUCAUUUCCUUCAUUAGACACUACUACUAUUGCCAUUUUUUCUUCCCAGGGCAAGUUCUGAUAAUUAGAAUGAAACUUAUUGGAAGUAAACAAUUAAUGAGGUAUGAAUGAUUCAGAGUGCAGUUUCACAAUUUUAUAUAUUGAACUUAUAUUAAAAAUAUCUGUUACACUAUUAUUCAGUAACUGUAUUUAGUAUGAAUUGAAACCUCGAAAUAUUUUUUUUUUGCUCAAAAUUAAGAAUUGUUAUCUAAAACUCAGAAACGUUAAUACAGUUUGACCCACACGAGUAUUCCACACGCUUAUAAAAACAUAUUUUGAUUGCGUGGUAAAAAAGGAUUGUGUUGGGUCUUACAUUUCGCUAACGUCUCACAACAUUUAAAAAUGUUAAUCUCGGAAGAAUUUACAAUUCUUUAGUGAAUGCCUUCAGAUUACAGACGCAAUUAAAUUAACUUAUUAUGCCAUAACCUGAGAUUAUAUUUCCGUCAGUGAUGGUCUUUAUCUUUCCGUUCCUGGUAUGACUGCUGCCAUUUUGAUAUUAGCUCACAAGUAGCCUUGACUAGACUUAUGGGCAGUGGGAAAAUAAAACAACGAAACGAUGCAAUUGUAAGUUAUUCUGUCUUCACGGAAUAAAAGAAAGACUGAUUUUUAUUGAGAAAUCCAAAAUAAAUUACAAAUCUUAUAUAUGAAACUGUUCACGUUAUUUGUGUUCUAUCUCCUCAUAGAGAUUUCUUUAUUUAUAUUAUAUUGUUAAUUAAUGUAAUUUCAAAUAGUCAUUAUGGAUUUGAGUAGUUUUCUCUUCCGAAGAAACAGUAACGACGACAUUAAAUUGGCACGUAAGCAUUUAUCCAAGUGUCGAUGAGAAAGAGGUUAUACGUCUGCAUUUCAGAGUUCACAUUUGUAGCUAGUAAAAGAUAACGAAUAUCUGCAUCUGAGUAUGAAGAGAGAGCACAUUUCAAAGAUAAUACCUGUUAGACAGCAUACAUAUAUAUCUUCUUUAAGUGUGUGUUUCGUUUUAAUCGGAACUUUGGCUUGUAUGCUGAGUCACCAAAAACUGAAUGAUGAUUAUCAAAUACAGUAAAAUAUGGAAGCAUGUAUGUUAUUUUGGUAGUAGAUUGAAAAGUGUUUCUACACAUUCUUCACGGUUAUUAGAUUUCAUAAAAUUCUACUGGACCUCCUAAUUUUAUAAGUCAAAUUUCAGGAGCACCAAAUUUUAAACUGUAAACUAUUUUUUAAAAAAACGUUCAUUAAGGGCUUUGGUACUGCUGCGUACUAACGGCAUUUUAUUACAAACUCUCUUAUUUAGUGGCAUUGAUUCUAUACCGAAGUUACAUUUAUAAUUGCACAAUGAAUUGUAAUAUUUUAUACUCUCUCAAAAACGUAAUUUUAGGGAACUAUAUAAAUUACAAUUAGGUCGAAUUGAGAUAUUUAUUAUAAUUUACGUGGCCGAAUUAUUACUAUUGAAAUAAUUUGAAUUUUAAGGGACGUCAUUUAACGAUGUACUCUACUUAUACGUGCAGUUGUUAUCCGGGAUUCAAAUUCCUACCAAUGGGGAAUUUCUAAAUUUCUGCAGAUUAUUACUUUCUUAGAAUUUGGGGGGAAAAUGGAAUGGGAGUAAAUCUGCUCUAUUAAUGAACUUGCAGGUGCUCUGAUAAGGCCUUGAUUUUGUUACACGGUUUAGGUUCUGAUCUGUUGUCUCCGCCCCAAUGGAAGCAUUACAUUUGCCUACACGCAUACACGGCACAACAACCUAGAACUCGGCAUUAUAAGCUUGCGCCGCCAUGAAAACCUCGAACCCUGCGUGAUGUAUGUUGUGUAGACAAUGACAUCAGAGGAAUAAGGACAGAAUACAUGAUUCCAUAAUUCGUACACCAUAGGUUAUAUCUUUUAUAAGAGUGUAGUGAGAAAAAUACGUAGUAAAUUUUAAAGAAGGUCCAUUUUUAUAUACGCGCUUCAGAUUAGGUUUGCAUAAACCAUUCAUAAUCGUGGCUCUAAAAUGUGCUUCACAAAUAUCAAAUUUAACUCUAAUUAGAAACAUAAAGUGUAUCUCAACGUUUGUAAAAUUGAGCUCUAAAUACAUUAUUAAGCCAGUUAUUUGACUCCUCACGAGAAGCUCAUUAUAUAAACUAAAUAUCUGCUAUUCAUAAAUAUUAUGCUAUUGUAUAAGCCUCACACUUUUUCAUCUUUUAUUGAAAAUACCAACCAAAUAGUAUUCAGAUUUGGUCUUAUUCGGCAGUUGUUUAAAUCUGAUUUCAUAGAUAUGUUGAAAUAUAGCUCCUGAUAUUUGAGCUUCGUGUUUGACGAAAGCCUUAAUUAUACGUGCUGGGUGUGUGUUGUGCUAUUUUAAUGCAAAACAUACAGCGAUGUAAGACACAAACCAGCAAUGUGGCGUCGACUUUUGAACUUUGUAUUAAUAUUGAAUUUGCACAACACAAUUUUAGGCAAUUUUUCAUGCUGGUUACAUUCGAGGAUUCGUAUAAAGUAGGCCUGCAUAUGCUCAAUUUGAUAACUCUGAAACAAAUUGCUUGAAUUUAACAUAAUAGCCUUCAAAACAUAACGAAAACUGCAUAAUCGUGUUACUGAUUUUCUUUCCUCAGUAAGGAACAGUCUUUUAAGAAAUUUUGUUGAAGAAAACUCUUUUAUGUAACACCUUUUUCUCUUUCAGAGAUACAGAGCCAGUGGUGUUUUAGUCAGAUUGAGUCUAGGUACAAAACUGUUCACAGAUACGAGUGAACUUUCUUUUGACGUCUCUGCCAUCUGUGGGCGGAUAAGAUGGAGUUAAAUGCAAACUCAUAGGAAACAAAAAUAUAAUUAAUAUCAUUGUCGUUUCAAAUAAAUACAUGUUUGGUUUUCUCCUUCUUGUGCUGAAAUAAUGGGAACUGUCCCAAAAUAUUUUGUUGAAAACAGACAUCUUGAAUAUAGAAAAUUUUGUGUAAUAUUACUAAUAAUUGUAUAUAGUGUAUUGUUGUCAUGCUGAAGCAUUUUUGUAUAGUAUUUGUACAGAGAAAUGUGAUAACAAUAAGGGAAUUUCUUGUUCUUUUUGUCUUGUGAUUUACAGAUCAUUAAUAAAAAGUUAAAUUAAUCUUGC